AUGGAAGCAACAACGAAGUCUGGGGACAAAAUCACGCUAGACACAACGCAUGACACUGGCUUUGGGUUUCACCCGGGGGAAAUUGUGCACUUCACAAAAAGUCUGCGGAACGGCAAAUUAGCUCUCAUUCGCGGUGUGGCGGAUGGUCUCUUGUGGUUUUCCGUAUUUCGUACUGUAGAGGAGGCGGAGGCAGCGGAGGCCCUGCGGGCUCCCGUAGAUACCGCCAGCUGCCGUGCCAAGGAGGAGUUCAUACGACAGUUUGGAUGGGUGUUGGAUUUAAAAACAAACCCCGCGGCACGAGGCGGCGGCGUAUAA